AUGGCUCGGCCAUUCGGUGGCGGUGGGUGGCUCUUCGCACUGUGGCCGCUCACGGUCACCGCCCACGUGGGAGAGACCUUGGCCACGUCGCCCUGUGCGAGACUGCGGCAACAGUUGGGGGAUGACGUCCUCCACUCCUUGCUGAGCUUGGAUUUGCCCAGCUUCGAUCUACCGAGCCUCUCAGUGAGUCUCCUGGGUCUCUUGUCCAAGGAGCUCACCGAGGAAUUCCUCCACCUCGCAGAGGUGUCCCAGGAUCUCCUGCGCAGCAGCUGCACUGGAGCUCCAUCGCCGCCCUCCCUGUCGGCCGUGGCCGGGCCUUUGAUCACCAGAGUGGCUGACCUGGAGCGGCUGGAGCAGUCACAGUCGCUGGCAGAAGGUCUAGGAGACUUCUCUGGCAUCGAGGAGCUCUUCCACCAAGCCAUGGCCCAUCCGAGGCUCCCGGAGGAGUCCACCGAGGUGUUUCACCUUCUCCUCCGGGGCAGUGAGCUGCUCUCCCAGCAGCUUGCGCAACUCAAGGACGCGCUGCAGGCCAGCCUUCAACGGGCCUUGGUCCUCGAGCCAGGACCUGAACUGCGCGCGCAGCUUCGCCGGCUCCUGCCUCAAUGGGCACUGCACCGGCUGGGCCCUGGGGUGCCUUCAACGCCGGUACGGCGGCCACAUGCGCUGUGCCGGGAGGACCUGGGCCACUUGAGCUCCACCGCUGAAUCCUUCCGUGAUGCCGCUGGGCGCAGCCCGCCGGGCACGCGCUCCGCUCGCGCGUGGCUGCGGCGCGUGGAGCGCGCCGGUGGACGCUUGGCACGGCAGGUGGUCUCGGCCGCUUGCGCCACCUUUUGA